CUUUUUUUCACAUUUUUACAGUUUUAUCAUUUUUAUAAAUUAUCUCACCAGUUUACUUUUUUAUAUCUACUCAUCUUGUUAAUUAUUUGACUGUGACUUUUUUUGACAUUGGUAAAAUAGUUAAAAAAUGUUUUUAAAGUUAUUUUUAACAAAUUACGACAAAUAAUUAACUUUUAACUCAUUUUUCAACCUUUAAAAGGUUAUUGUACGGUUUAUCCAAGGAGAUCUAAUAAUACUCUAUCCCUCACCCUAUCACAUUAUUAUAUCACAAAUGAACUAUGAAAUGAAUGGAUAUACCGUAGAUUACACUUCUACAACGGGUAAUUACGGGCCUACCGUAGGGAAUUACGGAUCUACUGUGGGUAAUUACGGAUCUACAAUGGUGAAUGGAUCUACAAUAGUAAAUAAGAAGCGUAACUUUGAGAAUUUGCAGAGAUCUAUUGAGGCGCAUAAGAAUCGUUUAGCCGUAGCAAGGUUAAAAAAAGCUCUCAAUAGUGAUAAUACUGCCAGUGCUAUGAAGAGUAGGGAGAACACUUUGGACCAUACCAAAUAUACAAAUUAUUCCACCAAAUUGAAACCUCUCACCUUAAACGUUAAAAAGGAGAAAUUGGCUGGAAAUCAUGGGGAAUUCGUUGGAAAUCAGGAGAAAUUGGUUGGAAAUAGGGAGAAAUUGGGUGAGAAUAUGUAUGUGGAAGACGAGUUGGAGAAGAAGAUAGUGCAAGUUUUGGGUAAAUUAUUAAAAAGUGAUCUGAAACCCUUACAAUACUCAAAUAUUAACUCAAGGGAGGAGAGUAUGAGUGACAUAUUGGUGAAGUGUAUAUCGACGGCUGUGAAUUCGGCAACUUGCGAUUCAGAUUUUGGCACUUCUCGUACUAAUAAUAACCUCAACCUCUCCAUCAACCUCAACGUCCCAACCAACCACAUGAACCACAACAUCAAUCUCAACCAUCUCAACCAUCUCAACAACCUCAACGAUGUCAACUCUGGCAACAGUGUGAACCGUGUUGACGGGGUUGAUAAUGUGGAGGAAAUGGGAGUGGUAAUGAUUGAGGACGUGUUUUCGCAGGAUACUAAACCUGUUAAGCCUAACCCUUUUUCCACACUCUACAACAAGCUCAAAAAUGUAUUCACCAAAAAGAAUACCACUAGUAGUAAUAGUAAUACCACUAGUAGUAAUAGUAACACUAACACUAACACUAGUAGUAAUAGUAGUCCUAGUACGAGUAGCCUGAAGAGUAGUACCGGCGCCAGCGUCAAGAGCAAAUGCAUCGGACCAUUCAGAAGAGUCACAAAAUCCAAACACAAUCCCAACCACAAUCUCAAUCGUAAUCUCAAUCGUAAUUUCAACUACAAUCUAAACUAUCUCAACAAUGUGAAUAAUCUAAACCACAAUCUCAACAAUCUAAACUGCAAUGUCAACUACAAUGUGAAUAGUAGUAAUGUCAAUUGGGGAGACUGGCGUGUUUGUGGUAGUGUGCAAAAUCCGCAGUCUAGAGCACAUUUAGCGCCCUUUAACCCUCUCAACACCCUAAAACCCGUUAACUACACUAAUCCCAAUACUAAUAUUAAACGUGUGGACACAUUGGGUACGGUGUGUGGGUGGAGUGAGAGCGACGUCUGGAGUAACAUGAAAAACAGUAAAGAAUACCUACAGUCCAUCGACUGGGAUCCCUUCAAUCUCAAAUUCGCCAAUCCCAACUAUGUAAAUAGUGUAAACAAUGUAAAUAGUGUAAACUCUGGUAACAAUGUGAACAAUGGGAAUGGAGUGGACAUGGUUAGGCAGAACAGUUUGUAUAAUGGGAAGUAUGGGAGAUUAGUACUGAGGAAUGGGUAUAGAAAGGAUAUUACGCCCAUUAACCCCUGCACAUUUAAACCCAUUCCACCAAAUAAUCCCUUCAGUCCCAUCACUAACACUAGGAAUAUUAAUUGGAACACCAGGAAUAUUACUGGAAAUGAUAAUUGGAACACUGGAAAUGACUUUAAUAGUGGAAAUAUCAAUUGGAACCCUGGAAAUAAUUGGAACCCUGGAAAUAAUUGGAACCCUGGAAACCCUGGGAACAGUGGGAACAGUAGUGGGAUUGACAAUUUGGAAGGUAAUGUUGUAGGGGGAAUGAGUGGAUUGAGUAGUGGUAUGGUGAGUAUGGAAAAGUAUUUGGAGAUGGCAAGGGAUAGAUACUUAAGCUUUGACCAAAGCGAACACCAAAACACAAACCAUACCCUCAAUAACACUUCUAACAUUAUCAACACUAUGAACACUAUCAACACUAGGAACACUAUGAACAUUGGGAACACUAUUAACACUAGGAAUACUAGGAAUACUAUGAAUAGUAUGAACAUUGGGAAUAGUAUGAGGAACACUGGGAACACUGGGAACAAUCCGUUUAGACGUUAUAAUCCCAAUCAACAUCUGAGACAGUAUGAUAGAGAAUGUGAUAGAGAAGAAGAAGAACUUAGUGAAGUGACGCCGAAAUUUGAGAGAAGUUACAACUGCUUUGAUCCUUGCUUCAGAUACAACACCAAUCAGUCCCGUCAAACUAAGUCACCUUACCACUCAGCUAAGUCACCUUAUCCAAUGACUAAGUCACCUUAUCCAAUGUCACCGUAUCCAAUGACUAAGUCACCUUAUCCAAUGACUAAGUCACCUUACCUCUCAGCUAAGUCACCGUAUGAGUCAUUUGUAAGGAAUAAUCCACCGGUAAGUGGUAGUGGGUUGGAGAGGGAGGGAGGAGUAAGAUUGAUGGACAGUGGUACAAUUUUCAAAACGCUAAACCAACUAUCACAAAUCCAAUUAUCCUCAUAACCCUCACCAAUCCACAAUUUUCAAUAAUUUCAAUAAUUUCAAUAAUUUUAAUUUUAACCUUAAUAAUUUUAAUUUUAACCUUAAU